CCGAGCGUGGGCGGGACGAGAAACGCAGGUCCUUGGAGGCUGAACCAGGAGUCCGCGCCUGGCGCCGGGCCAAUGACAGCCCUUGAGCUCGGCGCCGCUUCGGGCCGGAACUUCCUGCGUUCCAGGCCAGCCAGUCCUAGCCCGGGCCGGGUGUGCGCGCCGGCGUCACUCGUGGCUUUUCCGGAGCCGGGGGCCGGGACCCUGCUCCGUGCCGCGCCCCAGAGACGCGGGUCCGCCCGGUCCGGCUGUGCCCCGCGUCCCGCGCGCCUGCACUAGCCGGGAGCCCGAGGGCCCGCCGCACCUGGGGCCAGGCGAGGGAGGGGGGCACUGGGGGCCCACUCGUCUCUGGCGGCUGCUCUGCGAGACCGGGUCCCGAUGGCGGCGGCUGCGGCGCUCAGGGACCCGGCGCAGGGCUGUGUGACCUUUGAGGACGUGACCAUUUACUUCUCCCAGGAGGAGUGGGGGCUCCUUGAUGAGGCUCAGAGACUCCUGUACUGCGACGUGAUGCUGGAGAACUUUGCACUUAUAGCCUCGUUGGGACUUACGUCUUUCAGGUCUCACAUAGUUGCCCGGCUGGAGAUGGGAGCAGAGCCAUGGGUGCCUGACAGAGUGGACAUGACUUCGGCCAUGGCAAGAGGGGCAUACAGUGGGCCCGGCUCUGAUUUUUGCUCUGGAACAGAGGGUGAGCAUAGUGCGUCUGUAGGAGUGCCACGUGACCGGAAUCUCAAGGCAGCUCUGUCUGGCCAGAAGGACUACUCCUGCAACAUGUGUGGCCUACGCUUGAAAGACAUUUUGGCCCUGGCUGAACACCGGGCAGCACAUCCCAGGCAGAAGCCGUACGUGUGCCAGGCGUAUGGGAGAGAGUUCAAGUCCAGUGCGUACCAUAACCAGCAUCAGAUGCAGCAGGGCGUAGACAAGCCUAUCAGAAGGGAUGAGGACAGGGCCUCCCUCAUGAAGAGCUGCAGAGAUGAUGCAUCAAAGAAACCUUUCACAGUCAGGGAGGGUGGGAAGGACUUUGCGGAUGGGAAGGCCGGGUCCGGCUUUCUGCCGCCUCAGGUCCCUCACAGAGUGGAGGAGCCACCCCGGGACACUGGUGUCGGGGAUCGUCACACCGUCCAAAGCCAUAACAAGUGCAGCGAGUCUGGGAACACUUUCAGUGACAAACGCGCACUCGUUCAGCACCAGAGAACCCACGCUGGAGAAAGGCCUUAUGAGUGCAACAAAUGUGGGAUAUUCUUUAGCCAUGCCUCCGGCCUCCUUCAACACCAGAGAGACCACAACAGAGGAAAGCCUUAUGAGUGCCGGGAAUGUGGGAAGUUCUUCAGCCAACACUCCAGUCUCGUUAAACAUCAGAGAGUUCACACCGGGGAAAGCCCCCACGUGUGCAGCGAAUGUGGGAAGUUCUUCAGCCGGAACUCCAACCUCAUUCAACAUAAGAGAGUUCACACUGGAGAGAAGCCUUAUGAGUGCAGCGAAUGCGGGAAAUUCUUCAGCCAGCGCUCCAACCUCAUUCAUCAUAAGAGGGUUCAUACUGGCAGAAGCGCUCACGAGUGCAGCGAGUGUGGGAAAUCUUUCAACUGCAACUCCAGCCUCAUCAAACAUUGGAGGGUUCACACUGGAGAAAGACCUUACAAGUGCAACGAAUGCGGGAAAUUCUUCAGCCACAUCGCCAGCCUUAUCCAACAUCAGAUAGUCCACACUGGCGAACGGCCUUACGGGUGCAGCGAAUGUGGGAAAGCCUUCAGCCGGAGCUCUGACCUCAUGAAGCAUCAGAGAGUCCACACUGGGGAACGGCCUUAUGAGUGCGUCGAAUGUGGGAAAUUGUUUAGCCAGAGCUCCAGCCUCAAUAGCCAUCGGAGACUUCACACUGGCGAGCGGCCUUAUCAGUGCCCCGAAUGUGGGAAAUUCUUUAACCAGAGCUCCAGCCUCAAUAACCAUCGGAGACUUCACACCGGGGAGCGGCCUUAUGAGUGCCUCGAAUGUGGGAAAACCUUCAGGCAAAGGUCUAAUCUGAGGCAGCACCAGAAGGUUCACAAACCAGACAGGCCAUAUAAGUGCAGUGAAUGUGGAAAAGCCUUCAGCCAGAGGCCUACCCUUGUCCGGCAUCAGAAAAUUCACAUCAGAGAAAGGAGUGCAGAGAAUGUGCUUCCUCCUCCAGCACAACCGUGCGCACUGGACAUAAGCUCUGAGGGCAGACUUUAUGAGGGGGCCAUCAGCGAGAGGUUGAACCUUGUUCAUCCCAAUGUCCACACUGGGAAGAUUCCCUAUGAAUGCUAGUUGUGUUGAAAGCUUUCUGGAACAAAGUUGCAUUUUUCUCGCCACGGACUUUACCAGACCUUUGUCACUGCGAGUGUUUGUGGUAGGAGCCCUUUCAGCAUUCCCAAGGACAGCAGGUCUCCAAGAGUGUGUCUCAGCCAGUCCCUGUGUUCAGACCUCUUCUUGUUUCAAGAGGGAAUCCUUGAAAUCCUGUGGAGCCUGAGGCCAAAGGAAGAUGUCAUUCCCUCCCUCUGUGACCAGUGUAGCUGUGGACAUGACCCAUCUUUGACCAUGAAGACCUGAGCUGGAUUCUGCUGGCAGCUUGCAGAAAAGGUUUCCCUUUUGUCAAGGAUGGUUGAUCUCCUGUGAUGCUCGUGAUGGAUUUAUCCAGACUCCACAUUACCUAUCCCAGCAACUACCUAGUUCACAUUGCCUUAUUGUAAAGCCACCUUUAGUAUGUUUUGAUCCUUGUGAAGUGGGUUGAGGACACAGUUGAGGUCUCCCAAACUAAAAGGGUCUCCAGACAUUGCCUCAGAGGGGACGUUGCCACAGGAUGGUGGAGAACACCUCUCGGUCCAGAUUUGGCCUCCUUUGUGAGUUGCUAUACAAGGCCUCCUGGGGAAGAUUGUAGGACUCUGUGGGACUAAUGUGAUCCGAACGGCAUGAAUUUUUGUGAAGUAGAGAUUACCCUGAGGACGGGGCAGUUGUGACAACCUCCACUGCAUCUGGGAGCUGCAUGAAUAGGGCCCCAUGUUUCCAGGGGAUGCCUCACUUUCCCUAGCACUGUUAAACAGGCACCAUUUACCUGGCCCCUGUCAAGGAGCCAUACGCCUUGAAGUCUAGCAUCUGGUAUACUGGUGUCCUAACUAAGCCUUACUGGGCCCAGUUGAGAGCAUAAUUUGUAUGACAACGGAGUAGGUGAGGCUGCAGCAAACUAGAGGGAAUGUACCUAUUCUAAAAGUGCAUCCACAGGUGUCUCCUUGAAUGUGACUGUGCAGGAUUCAGGCUUUGCAGAAAUUCUCAGGACCUCCAGACCUCUGUCCCAUGACUUAGGCCACUGGCAGAGCAAAACUCUAAAGGUUUUGUGGCCACUAAGGCUCUCUGCACCAUUCAUGCCACAGCCAUUGCUGCCUUGGCAGGAAAAUGGAGGCUGAGCGAAGGUAGGUCUUGUAUUCCAGGGAUGUAGCAUUUGUGACAUAGCCAGCCAUUUUUGCUGCCAAGGCAUGAGAGAGCGAGAAUAGAGUCAACAUAAAGUUACCAAACCUAAUUUUCUAAAAUGAAUGUGCAACAAUUUCCUUAAAUGCUUUAAUGAGAUAGGAUUGUCAUGCAACAGUUGUACAUAUUUGAUGUGCACAAUUUCAUAAGUUUUUCAGUACGUGUUACGCUCAGGGAACCAACACCAUCAUGAUAACGAACGUAUCCAUCACCCGCAAAGCUACCUCGUGCCUUUUACCGGCCCUCCUUGCCUUCCCAGGAAACCAUAAAUUUACCUUUUCUUUGUUUCACCAUAGAUUUGUUGGCCUUCUUAGAAUUUUAUACAACUGGAGUUAUUAAGUACUUAUACCCUAUAUUUGGUCUGUUUUCCUUCACGGCAUAAUUUUCUUGAGAAUUAUCCAUGCUGUGUGUAGGAAUAGUUCAUUCCUUUUGCCACCGAGUAGUGUUCUGUUGAGUGAAUCCAUCAUAAUUUUUCAUGCUUUAUUUUUUUAAUUAAAAAAUAUCUGGUAAAAUACACUUAACAGAAUUUGCCAUGGUAACUAUCUCUAAGUGCACAGUUCAGGGGUAUUAAGAACAUUCAUAUUGUGCAGCCAUCACCACCAUGCACAUCCCGAGCCCUUUUCAUCUUGUAGAACAAAGUCUGUACCCGUUAAA